AUGGCAGAAGAGCACGGUAAUCUUCAAAAGCUUUCAAACUCGGUUUCUAAACUUGAGGACGCUUUUAAAUUAGCUUUAGGAGCAUGCCAAGACAUCAAAGAAUUCCUUCCUAUUCUUAUAGCUGAGAAAGGGGCUGCUGGUAAACCUCAGGGAAAGACCGAUAAAAAUGAAAAGCUUGAAAAGCCUAAACAAACUACAAACAAGGAAUCAGCUACUUCAACUACCAAAAACGCUGAUGUAGAAGGAUCUGUUGCACCUGCUUCUGCUGUGCCAGCAACUUCUUCUGUAGAGCCAGUAGCUAGUGCUUCCCCAACCCCUAGCAAGCGCAAAGCUAGAGAUCCUGCUCAACCAAAGCGCCCUCCUACCGCUUACAACUUGUUCCAAAAGAAUCAACGAUCUGAAAUUAAGGAUUCUUUGGGUGAGAAAGGAAAUGACGUGAAGGAAGUCAACAAAGCGAUGCAUGAAAAGUGGACAUCUUUGAACGAAAAUGAACGCAAGCCUUUUGAAGAUGAGGCUGCAAAGCUUCGUGAAACUUACGAUGCCGAGAUGACCGCUUUCCAAGCUUCCAGAGAAUCUGCUUCUUCACCCGCUCCUGUCCCUGUAGCAGCAGCCGAAGCCGAAUCCCAAGGUAAUCAAGUUGCCGUAUCCAUGCCUACUACCCCUGCCAACAAGGACUACGUUGAAUUCUCCGAAACAAGACCUUUAGCUCAGGCAUCCUUGUCAUCUCCCGUCACUACUUCUAAAAAGCAAAAUAAGAAGAAGCGCUCAAGUACCAACGCUCCCGUUGAACCCCAACUUCAACAAGAAGAGGGAUCUGCAGCUGCUGACAAAACUGAAGCUAACCCUUCUCCGUCAGUUGCGAAGCGUGACAAGAAGAAACGCCGUAAAAGUUCUGUUAACACUAACAAUGCUCCAACCGCUACAGCAGCUUCUAAUUAA